GUGGAAGUUUUCGCGCGCAUUGUCCUGUUUGUUGUGUGAUUCCAGAGUAGUUUGAAGGCUUCUUCGCUGUUUUGGAAACUGCGAUGGAAAUUUAUGAGCAGGUCUGAUUCUACAUGGCUUUGUUGAUCUGCUGACAGCACCUGCAGGCGGAAUUGUGUUGCUAAUCGUUGCGGAGAAUUGCUGAGAGUUCAUAGUUCACGGAAUUGUUAUCCAUGGUGAGGAAGAACGGGGCAUAUCUCUAUUAGAAACGAGGGAUUGAUGCGUCUGGACUGAGAGAGCUGAUCGUCGGGAGUCGUGGUGAUCUGCGUUCCCUCGAAGAAUGUUGUCGAAGCUGGAAUUCGAACAGCAGCAGGAUGAGGGUCGACUUAUCUGGGAGGCGAGUAAAUCCGUUGCUUCGCUACCCCCUCUAGGUCGCGUGCUUAGUGCGGUAUUUAAUGCGGAGUGGCGAAGCGUAGAGAAGGCACUAUGCUCUCAUGAUGUACGAGCGCAACAAGCAGGAUCAGUAGGGCGGGCGUUGAUCUCAUUGCUGGGGCAUGUUGAAAAUGGGCUUACCUCGGGGGGAUCCUUGGAGCAGAUGUUCUGUCCUAUGCUUGAGCAUAUGGUUAAAUCGAAAGAUCAGGGCAAUCGGAAAAAAAUCGUGGGCAUAUUCCGCUGGACGUUUGCAGAAACCAAACACGGCCUACUUUUGGCUACGAGCCUGGCCGCCAUAGUUGGAAGUUUGAAAGUGGACCAUCGAGUUAAACUGGGUUGGUGUAUUCUUGUGCGUGAACUGGUGGAGAGGGAAUUUGUAUUGUAUCGUUCUUCGCCAAAUGGGCAGACAGAUGAGGAGCUCACGGGACUUGUUACACCUCUUAUGUGCUUCUCCAAAUGUGUACAUCCUCUGGUCCGAAUCGCUUGCAACGAAAGCUCAAAGCAAGGAAAGCAGAAGGCACCAACUCGCCUCACAAUGGCAGCUGCAGAUUGUGUGACAGUGAUUACAAAGGGCCUUAUCUCUGAUCCUCCGGUUACACCUACCAAAUCAACCCCAGACAAACUAGAGAAGAAUGAAGAAAGAGUCCUUGUUUCUCCUACCUCAAGAUCUUCUAACGCAAGUGGACGUGUCUCCUUUAUUAGUGAAGAGGCGAAGGCCAGUACAUCAGGGCGGGAAACCGAGAAUGUUUUGAAGGAGCAAGGAGCGCGUGCACUUUGGGACAGCCUGGAUGACAUCAUUCUGCUUGUUACUGAACUGCAGGAGUGGAAUGAGCAAGCCCGGCCAUUGCAUGCACGAGGUCUUCGGCAGGUGCUAAUGCGACUCAACCAUCUGGCAAAUUAUAGAGAAUCUUUGGAAACUCGAUCUAAAGAUGCAGGGAGCAUUCAAGUUGGGGUGUCUGUUUUGGCUGCAUGUUGGCGUCAGUAUAGCAGUUUGAUACUGCUGGAGGACCGUAACUUGGUCCUUAACCCAGAUCCUGUUAUCCAACAUUGGUUUGGAGCUCUCCAGUAUUGGACACAAGCAGCCCAAGAGAUGGAUGCAACCGUGACUCGGAGAGCUGAUGAGAUGCGUGGGUAUGCUUUGACCUGCCUCGCACUAACACUUGGACGUCUUGACCCUCGGCGUUUAGAGGAAGUCUUGAAGGAUAUUGAGCCAGAUCUUCUGCAAUCGUUGAUGAGUCAAGUACGAGAGGCCAAUAUUGAAGUGGUUGAUAUGGCAAUGGCAAUUCUGCGAUCGUUAUUGUUUCGAAGUUCGGGUGUGAACUCGAAGAUGGAAGAAAUCGUUCCUGUUCUGAUGGAUAUGUUAGAUACCAGAGACUCCGCAGCUAGGGCGGUGGUUCAUUUGGUGGCUGAGUUCUUAGCCUCAAAUCCAACAUCGCCUGAACUGGAGAAAGUUUUGGCACGACUCGAUUCAGAGGAUCCAUUGCAACGGCGCAAUGGACUCGAUGUAUUAACUGAAUUAGUUGCUGUUAGCACAAAAUCUAAGGAUACUGUGGACACCCCGUUGAGUCGCACAAUUGCCGCUCACCUGUUUGAUCGUCUAGGCGAUGAAGAGCUUACUAACCGGGUGGAGGCAUCUGCACUAUUUGCAAAACUUGAUCCUACCUUCACUCUGGCACAGUUAGUUCGAUUAGUAUACUCGCCAGAUGCACGGAAGCGUUCAGCAGCAAGUUCAGCUGUACAAGCUGUUUUAUGUAAUCAUGUUGACCAGUGUCGUACUGUCACUGUGCUGCUUGAUUGUAUCAGGGACUUAAUGGCAGAAGUUGCCUCUGCUGACAGAACCAGAGGCUCUAGUAAGGGAGGAGAUUCUCUGGACCUUGAUCGAGUGUUGGGUUUAGUAGCUACUUGGGCGUCAAAGGUACAAGACUGGGAGCUUUUGAUUGAAGUGCUUCUAGAUAAGAUGUACAAGGAGGCAUCAAAUCCUGUGAUUCCUAGAUUCUUGAGUCAUAUCAGUGGCCAAUUGGCUGAUUUACCCCAUUUAGUUUUCCCACAGAUUCAUCAACGAAUGCAUGAUCAGCCCAGAAUGAGUGAGGAAGUACUCUCUAAUAUCUCUAAAAACGAAGAUGCACUUGCUGAGUUACUCUUUCAGCGCCUCAGUCCCCUACUUGUUCUUAGAAUUCUCCCUCUGAAAGCAUUUAAUCAUUCAAGUUCGAAGGAUCUGUACGGUGGUAUGCUGGAUGAAGCGAUUUCAGGUGAAAGUCAAGACCAAGGGAGAAUUUCAACAAUCACCGGUCUUUUGCUCGAAAGGAUGUGCAACGUGUGGGAGCUUGAUGAUGUUCGCAAAAUUGCUGCAGAACUUACUGGUCGCCUUCUUCCUAAUGCUAUGUUAUCAGCAGUCUCUGCAGCACUAGAGGAAGCAGCCCACAAUGUGAAUACUGUGACGGCCAAGGCUUGUCUAUUUUCCCUUUGUACCUCCCUAAUGAUUAGGGGCAAAGAGACUUUGGAGCACCCUUUGUUGGCACAGGUUCGAAAAUCAUUAUCAAGUAUCAUAUUAUGGUCUCUAAAUUCUCUGAAAAGCGCAAAGGAAAUAUCUAAGACACAACACGGAUGCAUUGACUGCUAUGCAGCAAUGAUAUGUGCAGAAGUUGGGACUUUAGGUUUAGUCUCCCAAUUACCAUCCAAGCCUGUUCAAAGCGACCAGAAAAUGAAGAAACUCAUUGAAGAGAUUCCAGAAGGGGAAUGGAGAAGUCAUGCAAAUGGAAAACAAGAGUCUCAGAAAAGGUGGGAAAUACUCUGUUCAGUAGUCCAGUGUGUUCUAGGCAGUCAGCCUUUCCCUCCAAUUUCAGCUACACUUGGAUUAUCAGAAGUUGAGAAAGGGCGUGGAGAUGUCCAGCUGGCUCCUGAGGUUUAUCGUGUGUGCAUGGCCAAUGUCCUGAUCAGCAGUGCUCAAAAGAUCUCUGCAAGUGCGAGACCUGCAUAUGCUCAGGCUGUAAUACCGCCAAUCAUGAAUUUUAUCCAGACGAGCUCAGCUUCAAAACUACGGGGAGCGUGUUUUCAAGUCCUUUUCACUUCUGUUUAUCAUCUCAAAGGACUGGCUAUAGUUCCAUUUGCAGCUGAUCUCCUCAAUCUCUCCAUCUCCACUAUAGGAGGCCGUUUCUCAAUAGAGGAGAGAACCGCAGGUACUAGGCUGCUGGCCUCACUCUUAGCAAGCGAAGAUAGCGUUCUUGAAAAGAUUGCUCCCUACAUUGAAGAUGCCCAGCGAGCAGUGGCUACGGUUGCUAACAUGGAUUCUUCCCCCCAACUGCGAGCAUUGUGUGAGCAGCUUCUGGGCUGCAUGACUAGAUCUGAUUAGCUACUGCAAGCCUGCAACAUCUCUUGUUGAUGAGCGCUGGUGCACCAUUGAAAUCACUCUUGACGAGAAGUCCUGAAUUCAUGCAUUUGAAAUGUGCAUGAAUACGUUUCAAGAUUCCAAGUGUCCUUUUGUUUCAGGCAGACCUCUACAAGUCUAGACUGGAUAGUAUGGAUGACUGUUAGGAUAGUGCAGGAGCCUCCACUUGUAGCACUCAAGAUGCAACGCAAAUUGGAGCCCUCUAUUUUUGACACUUUCACGUUUAUCAAGUAGAGAAAAUAUGUUCCGCCACAAUAUUCUCUUGCAUGCA